AUGUCGGAAAGGCAAUAUGCUUACAGAGCCGGGCGCGCCACUACCGACCUGGUUCGCGAAGUGAUGUGGCGGGUUCUAAGUGCGCGUGAGGCUGGCCUGCACGUUGCGCUGCUGUGCUGCGAUCUUUCGCGCGCGUUCGACACCGCCGACCACCAUCUUAUAGCCGACAAAUUAAAUUUCUAUGGCAUGCGUGGCCCGGUCCUGUCCUUGCUGACAUCUUUUAUGUCACAUCGGUCGCAAAAGGUUGUCGGCGACAACGGAAGGGUUAAAUCGACCGAAAUGAUAAAUACGAUGGGCGUUCCACAGGGCUCGUGUUUAUCAAAUACCCUUUUCAGCCUGCUACUCAACGAUCUGCCUAGUGUCAUCCACGAAGCGGAAAUAUAUAUGUAUGCCGACGACGUGGCCGCCGUUGUGAGUGCGAAAACGGCACAGGAGCUGGAGAUAAAAUUAAAUUCAGUAGUUCAGCGGCUGGAGUGGUGGUUCCAAUUAAAUGGCCUGGCAUUAAAUAAGGAAAAAACUAUGUUUCUCGUAUUCCAGCUUAAUGGCACAUCCCAGCCACCCUGCCGGGUCACUACCGACCAGCAAACAGCGCUGCAGAUGGUCCAAACGACAAAGCUGCUAGGCUUUCAUGUCGAUAGUGGCCUAAAGUGGGACCACCACAUAGAAGAGCUCUGCUCCAAGUUGGGGCGCGCUUGCUUCGCGCUCCGUCGUCUAGCGAGCACGGCUUCGCGCGACGUAGUAUUGUCGUGUUACUAUGCGACUGUCCACAGUCUCCUCACCUACGGCGUGGAACUGUGGGCACGCGCCGCGGACGCCGGGCGAGCUUUCCGAAUGCAGAAGCGGGCUGUGCGCGCCAUUGCCGGGUUGCCCGACGAUGCAUCGUGCAGAGAGCUAUUUAAGGAGUUCAAGAUUAUGCCCCUUCCUUGCGAGUUCAUCUACCAGAUAGCUCUCUUCACGCACAACAACUUGAGUACGUUCCGUCAACGUGGCGUAAACCCAUCCCGCGAGAUGCGCAGUAACAAGCUCGCCCACCUCCUCGUCACCCCCGUACACAAGCUACGCAAAUCCGAAAGGUCGGUGUACGUCGUCGGCCCGGCAGUGUACAACAGAAUACCGGAUGAAAUAAAAAAAGAUGCAGCUUCUGCGGUGGCCUUUAAGUUGAAAUUGCGCAAGUGGCUUCUUGGCAAUACAUUCUAUUCCAUAGACGAAUUCUUUGAUCUGCCUAACAUAUAA